AUUUUGAAUACAUCUCAUUUUUCUAUACAUAUAAUCUUCUCUUUUAUUACCAUAAAUUUUGAGAAUGAUUGUGUGAGAGUGAUUUGUGAGAAAAGUACUCUUAUACCCUUAUACUACUCUUAUAGUAUUCUUAUAGUCUUUAAAAGGGACUCAGAACCCUAAUCAGAACUAUUGAGAACUGAUGUUGGGUUUCUAACUUCACACACUCAAACUAUUCUUCAAGGUUUCUCAAGUUUUUUUUUUCUGAUUCGAUAUUGCUUACAUAUUCAGGAUAUUCUCCAAUAUGAGUUAAAGAUUCGCUAAUUUUUCUCUCUAUUUCCGAUUACAACUUCUAUCCUACAGUUUCCGAGUUCCCUGUACUUAACAUCGCGAAUAACCCACCUUGUAUUUAUGUGAACAUUUAACUUAAAUAUUUUAACAUUCGACCCCUAUAAUCACUUGUACUGAUAUGAGCAACUGUAUGUAUUUAGAGACACAUUAAUUAUACGUUUUGUUUAUUCAAUUCUAUUCAAUAUGAAUCACUUUCGAAGGGCAAUUUUAUUCGUUGGGUGCUUAAUCCUUACUGUAAAAUGUGAUAACGAUUGUACCACGCCGAAUUCGGAAUCAGGUUCGUGCGUGGAACUGAAAGAUUGCCCGCUCAUGUUGAAGGUUUUCAGAAGUUUACAAAAUCCCGUACCGCAAAUUAUUAGGGAUCAAUUGAACAAGUACGUUUGCAGCAAGAAUCCAACCAUUCUCUUUUGUUGCCCCAAGAAUAGCCUGAAUUCGGUGACCCCAAGUCCUUCUCAUCAUGAAAAUAUCAUUUAUGAUAACCAUCAAAAGUGCAAGACACCAGACGGCGUCGACGGUUCCUGCGUCAGUUUGAGUAGCUGUAAGACGAUUUUCGAAAUCGCGAGGUCACUGAGAAAACCGAAAUCUCCAAAAGUUGUUGAACACAUGCACAAGUACGUGUGUGCUGCAGAAAAUGGCGAAGAGAAGGUAUGCUGCCCCGACGGGCCGAUAAUUAUCCAUGAUGAUGGAUCCAUUUCGUCCCUUUCGUCCAUUUCGUCCAUUUCGUCCAUUUCGUCCACUUCGUUCAAUUCGCCCAUUUCGUCCAGGUCAGGACCGGUAGAUUUAUCCAGGCACAGGAACGUAGGAUUGCUGCCGGAUCAAUGCGGGUACGUCGACAUCAUCAGCGGAAGGAUUCGAAACGGUCUAGAAGCUGAAUUGAAUGAGUUUCCCUGGAUGGCUCUUCUGGGAUACAAAUCAGAUAAAGGUACAUUAUACAGAUGCGGCGGUACCAUUCUUAACGAUAGGUACAUCUUAACGGCUGCGCAUUGCAUAAUGUAUAAUCCUUAUAUAGUCAGAGUGGGAGAAUACAAUAUUUCGUCUGAAACAGACUGUACCUCAAUCGGAAAUCUCAUAUUCAAAUGCAAUCUACCAGUUCAGGAUGUGGCUAUAGAGCAAAGUAUUGUACAUCCUCAAUAUUCCAGCAGUAGUUAUGAAAAUGACAUUGCUCUAAUUAGAGUGCAGAAGAUGAACAUUCACUUAGAACACAUUCGACCUAUAUGUUUGCCAUUAGGGACUUUUAAAACCUCGAAAUCUGAAAAGUUCAUAGUGACAGGAUGGGGUGUAGUAGUUGUCGGGACAGGAAGGGGUAGCGAAGUUUUGAAGAAGGCAGAAAUCAAAAAGGUAGACAAUCUAACUUGCAAGAAUAGAUAUAGUGGUUUGAGGGCGACAAUCACCGAAAAGCAAAUAUGCGCUUUAGGGAUGAACAAUCAAGACUCCUGCAAAGGAGACAGUGGAGGGCCCAUUCAGCAGAUGACUGAUGUUUACAAUAAUACAGCCAGGUAUAUUCAACAUGGCAUAGUGUCGUUUGGUAUAGUAGGGUGCGGCAUAGAUGGGAUGCCUGGUGUUUACACCAACGUCAGUUCUUACAUGGAAUGGAUUUUGGAUACGUUGAAACCUUGAUUUAUUUUAAAAAUGAAUAUUUAAUUACUUCAUUAAAAUUAAUUCUCUCCACAAUUCAAAUUUAUACCACAAAAUGAUAUUUCCAUUUUAAUUUAACAGGAUUGAUUUACACGCUCUACGAUUCGCACGAUUUUGUUUUAUAUAAAAUUUUAUAUUUUCAGGUAUUAGUUGUAAGAGAACCAACCCGCUGUUUUCAUAAUGCCAAAUGUAAAUGUAAAAUGUAACAAAAUGUAACUGUAACAAAAAUUCAAAACCUAAAUAAAAUAAAAUAA